CUCAAGUGAAUAGUAUAAAUCAUGAUACAAUAAGUCAGAAUGUCUGACGGAGUGGCCAAGUUCGGUGGUUAUAAAUAUGAUGAUGGAACAAAGUAUGUUGGCGAGUGGAAUAGUAAAGGAGUAAAACAUGGUGCAGGAUCUAUGACUCUACCCGAUGGUACUAGAUACGAUGGUGGUUUUCAAAAUGGUCUGUACUCUGGUUUAGGAGUUAUCGUUUUUCCAGAUGGUGCUAAAUACGAAGGUGAAUUUAUGCAAGGGUGGUUUCACGGUCAUGGAGUAUUUUGGCGAGCUGAUGGUAUGAAGUUCGAGGGCGAAUUUCGUGGUGGAAGAGUCUGGGGUUUGGGACUGGUUACUUAUGCUGAUGGUUCACAUGGAUUCCCAAGGAAUGAAGGUUUCUUCCAAGAUUGCCGCUUAAUUCGUCGCCGUCGGUGUCCAGAAAUUAUUCAAAAAGCCCAAAAAGUAUCCAUGAUGGCACGUGCUCAGUGUUCAUAAUAGUUUAACUGUCUUUUUAGUUAUUUAUAAUGAUCGGAAAUUUUUUCAUCUAUUUGCAUCUUGAUAAUAUAGAAACCAAUCACUUUGGUAUACAGUAGUUUUUUUUUUUUAGAUAAAUGUAAUAAUAAUUAGAAUCUUAAAUGGCUGAGUCUGUAAAAUCUGACGAACAAUUUGAAAAUUAGUAUUGCAGCACAACACUUUUAUUUAAUAUUACUGGAACGUUUACCAUUAAUUUAAUUUACGAGACAGCCACAUAGCAUAAAAUUAGUUUAUUGCUUGUCAGCUUUUGCAGCUACCUCAGUGAUAUAGAAAUAAUUUAGAACUAAAUGUCUUAUACGUUCAACUGAAACUGACAAUUCUGCAGUUCUGUACGCAACCCCUUCAACAUAUGAAUAAUAAAGAAAGAAAUUAAAAACA